UCCUGACCAAGGCUGUCCAGAAGGCAGCAAGGGGACACUGGCCGGAGAGGGCUCACCGGCGUUCUGGUCCAAUGCUGGAGGUUCAGUGGUUGGUGCAGCCACGUUGUGGAAACGUCGGUGGCCCUUCCCCAAAAGGAGGAAAGCCAGAGGAGGACGGCCAGACCUACGAAGGCUGGGGCCACACCUUCCAAAAAAGAGAGACACCGGUGUGUGUUUUUGUGCGCGUGCGUCAAAGGCGCAGAGGGGGGGCCUCACCCUGGGCCUUCUUUCCUCGACAGGUGAAACUCCCACCCAUGAUGGAAAUCAUCACCGCUGAGCAGCUGAUGGAAUACUUAGGUGACUACAUUCUUGAUUCAAAACCAAAAGAAAUCUCAGAAACGCAGCGCUUGAACUAUGAGCAGAACAUGAGCGAUGCCAUGGCCAUCCUGCAUAAGCUCCAGACGGGCCUGGAUGUGAACGUCAAGUUCACUGGCGUGCGGGUCUUUGAAUACACACCUGAAUGCAUCGUGUUUGACCUCUUGGAUAUUCCGUUAUACCACGGGUGGCUGGUAGACCCUCAGAUGGCCGACAUUGUGAAAGCCGUCGGAAACUGCAGCUACAACCAGCUUGUGGAGAAAAUCAUUUUUUGCAAGCAGUCGGAGAACAGCGAGCUGGUGGCAGAAGGUUCGGUCGCAGAGCAGUUCCUCCACCAGACGGCCACGCAGCUGACCUACCACGGCCUUUGUGAGCUGACCUCCUCAGUGCAAGAAGGGGAGUUGUGCGUCUUCUUCCGAAACAACCACUUCAGCACCAUGACCAAACACAAGGGACAGCUUUACUUGCUGGUGACCGACCAGGGCUUCCUGACAGAAGAUAAAGUCGUCUGGGAGAGUCUCCACAACGUGGAUGGGGACGGAAACUUCUGUGAUUCAGAAUUCCACCUGCGACCGCCGUCGGACCCGGAGACCGUUUACAGAGGGCAGCAAGACCAGAUAGACCAGGACUACCUGAUGGCCCUCUCCCUGCAGCAAGAGCAGCAGAGCCAGGAUCUCAACUGGGAGCAGCUGCCGGAAGGGAUCAGUGACCUCGAACUUGCCAAGAAGCUCCAGGAGGAAGAGGACCGGCGGGCUUCCCAGUACUAUCAGGAGCAGGAACAGGCGGCGGCAGCAGCAGCAACAGCAGCGGCUGCCACCCCUGCUCAGGUCCAGCCGGCACAGGGAGUGGCCGCUCUGUCCACUGGAAGACCCUCUGCGGGCAGCGAGCGGAAACGGAAGGAGCCUCGAGAGAAGGAGAAAGAGAAGGAGCGGGAGAAAGAGAAGGAGAAGGAGAAGACCACCUGUGCCAUCCUGUAGCCGGGGAGGGGGCGAGACUCUGCCCGGACCCGAGAACAGGCCGGCCUGGAAGCCUCCGGCCAGGGAGCCUGUGGAGACGCCCCCUCCCUGUGCCGCCUGGGCCUGGCAGGCCCCCAUAGGACGGGGGACCCCCCCGAGACAGACAGACAGACGGAGCCGGGCGCCUGGGCUCCUCCAGAGGGAGAGCUCUGUCGCGCUGCCUGACGCUCCGGAACAAGGGACUGGAAGGGAAAGCUGAUGAUGCAUUAUGAGCUGUGGGAUGAAACGUGUUUGAUUCUCUGCGGCUGGCCCUCAUCCCGCCCUGCCCAAGUCCCUUAAAAUGGAAAUGAGGAGGUUUGCUCGUAUGCCUUACCAAAGGGACCGUCGUAGGGAGAGAGAGAGACUCUGGACCACGUCCGUGAAGCCUGAAAGCGCACCGCCUCUGGAGUCAGAAAACGUCUCCCAGAGCCCACUUGAGGACGCUGGUUUGGCGGCCCCGUUGGCAAAGGAGACCGGGAGCUGCCGGCCGGCCGUCAUCACCUGGAGGGGUGGCGGUGGCUCAGCCCUCGCUUUUACGCUCCGAGGCUGGGCCUUGCUGGCCUUUGGUGGGAGAGACGGCCUUGGACCCUCCUGCUGGGAGUUGGUUUUGGAAGAGAGGGAAGGAGCCCUGGGUGACAUGGAAAAAUCGCACGUGGCUAAAGCAGUCCUUGCAGGAACCUGGUUUUUUAAAAUUGCAGGCGACAAAGCAACGUCGUGCUCUCCCUUCCUGAUAUUUAUGGGCCGCUGACGUGGCGCCCGUGUUGAACUUUAACCUUGGCCGGAGUGGGGCAGAAUGCCCAGGUUUUCCUCGCCGGAGGGAUAUGACCUUCAUCCUUUUGAUACCUUUCUCUAUCAGUUUGUAGAUGCUUCUGACACAAUGUGCUGUCCUUCAUAAAGCAAACCUCAACCAGUGGCAGAUAAUCUGUCGGUGUGACAAUCUUGCUGUUCAGAAGGCGAUGACUAGAAGUAUCCUUGAAAACUUGAGGUUUGACCUUUUUCCCCUUUCCUUUCUUUUUUUCUUUUCUUGGAAGCUCUCUGCUCCUCUCGGGGUGUCGGUCGAGUUUUAAUCCUUUGGAAAGCGGUUCCUAGCCCUUCCCACCUUGUCGCUCCUUGGUAUCUUCUCUCUGAAGAAGGUGCACAAAAUAAGGGGAAUGCUCACGCCCUGAUGUGGAUGCUUAGCAGAUCAUUUCCAUGAGAGAUGCUCCAUAGUUUCUAUCUGCUGCUUCUGGCUUUGUGUGUGUAUGUGUGUGUGCGUGCGUGGAUAUGUCCGUGUAUUUGUGCCCUUUAAGACCGAAUUAUUUGCCUUCCACCGUUGGCCUGAGAGGCAGACCGUUCUGCCCAGUGUGUUAAAAUUUGGAAAAGGGACGGGGGCUUUGCUCAGAACUGAACUGAGCUGGUAUCUUGUUAAGACUUAGAAAUGCAAGGAGUGCGGCUCUUCACGUUCUCCCGUCUGCCUUUCAGAAAACAGUGCCAUCUUCUCUUGUCCACCUUAGCACAUAAGUUACGGCUGAAGUUACAGUCAGGGCUUUCAUUUGGGUAAAAAAAAAAGGGUCACUGAGGUGUUUGUUUACAUUAUGUGGAUUUCUCCCGUCUGCUCUUUUUCUACACUCCACUGGGAAGGGAAGCACCCCCCCCCUUUGCACACCCAGAGGAAGAGGCGGGGGGGGGGCUGCUGGUCUGGAUUUCCUCUUGAUUUGCUCGCUUGCUGACGGGAUGAGAACCUACAAGGAGCCUGGCCGAUAAGCGCUGGCUGCUUCCUCUGCUUUGCGUCAGCGCCACAGGAACACCCCACCCCCCCGAAGGGCUUUUUUCGUGUGAUGUUGUGGCACGUGGCUGGAAUGUGGGAUUUUGGAACACUCCAGCCACGGCGUCCUGAGGCGCGUUUUCCUCUCUCUUCCAUCUCUUGCCCAAGUGGGCUUCCAAGAACUCUCUUGAGAUCUGGCCGGCUUUUACGUGCCAUCCUUGGCAAUGGUCCCCUGGGCUGGGGGGUCCCGUUUCGUCCGUUGCGAGCCACCUUCAGGACGAUGUCCGUGGGUGCCAGUGAUGCAGCAGCAGCUCCGUAGUGGCCGCUUAGAAGCGUCAGGCAAGGGGGGAGGAGGGGGAGGAGAGGACAGCCGUGUUCUUUUGCCGCGCCGCCUCCAUCAGCAGCACGUGGCCCCGCUUCUUGAGAUGGACCCAGAGCUACAGAUCAGAGCGGCAGAUGCUCUACCUUGCAUCAAAGGGCCCUCCCAGCCGGCCGGCCACCCAGCCGCCCUCUCCCUCUCCCUCUGUGGCUCUCCUUGGAAGUGGUGAUGGGGGUGGUUCCAGUCAAUCAUUCCAGUUGAGAUGGGACUUGACAGCCUAAAAGCCAGGGGUGCAGCCGAGGGAACCGCAGGCCGGAGAUGUUGCAGCUCAGGCCUCUUGGUGGACCGAUGCUUAGCGAUGUCGGGCGGGCGGGAAAAACAGCCACGUAGGGUCUGUGCCUGCGGCAACAGAGGAGCUGACGGAGACCGGGCAUUUUUUCAUCAUCGGUAACAUCCUCACUUGAGCACUGCCAAAUACUUUUUAUAAUUUUCUAUGUUUAAAAGCACGUAGGUGUACAAGAUGUUGCUUGAAAAACAAAUCUUGUUGCCCUGGACUGGGGCUUUCCUCCGCUUGCGGGAGAGGCGGUGUGCCGGUGGGUGGGUGGGAAGCAACCCCCCACUCAGCCCCCAGCCUCUGCCGCCCCCCACGCUGGCCGACUUCAGUUGCACCCACCCCAGCUCCCCAGCAGACCACCUCUGCCCAAGCGCGUGGACCCAGUGGCCCGUUCUGAGCCUGACGUGGCUGCUCCAUACAGCGCCAGUGGUCAACUGCCCAGGGGAAGACGGGUCAGUGGCACCCCUCCCUCGGGGUUUGCCCUUCAUUUCCUUGGUGGACCUCAGACUGGAGGCCGGCCACCCGCGGCCCGUUUUUAUCAGGCCAGAUCAUGUGCAUGAGCCGACACUGUGAUUGCCUUUGGGCGCUCCCUCCCGUGAGAUCCUGUCAGCAUCUUUUGGUGGCUUGAGCUAACCACUGUUGCCAUCCUCAUUGUUUUCUGUCUAAUUUUAUAUAUCCACACACAUAUAAAAUGUAUUUAUAAUUUUUAAUAGUCCAAAGUGACUUUUCUCAUCAAGUAGUAAUAAUAAUAAUAAAAAGACCUGUCUCAACUA